UCCACUCUCUCUCUCUCUCUCUCCGUAAAAAGAUAACCCUUCAAUCUCUCUCUCCGUCCUUCAUCCUCUCGCAUUUCUUGUUUCUUCGAUUUCUUCUGCAAAAAUGAGAGAGAUCCUUCACGUUCAGGGUGGACAAUGUGGCAACCAGAUCGGUGCCAAGUUUUGGGAGGUGGUUUGCGCCGAGCACGGCAUCGACACCACUGGAAAGUACGGUGGUGAUUCCGAACUUCAGCUCGAGAGGAUUAAUGUGUACUACAAUGAAGCCAGUUGCGGUAGGUAUGUGCCUCGUGCUGUUCUUAUGGAUCUCGAGCCCGGCACUAUGGACAGUAUCAGAUCUGGACUUUAUGGCCAGAUCUUCAGGCCGGAUAACUUUGUUUUUGGUCAAUCUGGUGCUGGAAACAACUGGGCGAAAGGACAUUACACCGAAGGCGCUGAGCUUAUUGAUUCCGUGCUCGAUGUUGUCCGGAAGGAGGCGGAGAACUGUGAUUGCUUGCAAGGGUUUCAGGUCUGCCAUUCUCUAGGAGGAGGAACUGGAUCUGGAAUGGGAACACUUCUGAUUUCGAAGAUCAGAGAAGAAUACCCCGACAGGAUGAUGCUUACUUUCUCUGUCUUUCCAUCUCCCAAGGUCUCUGAUACUGUUGUUGAGCCUUACAAUGCAACUCUCUCAGUUCAUCAACUGGUUGAGAAUGCAGAUGAGUGCAUGGUUCUUGACAACGAAGCUCUUUACGAUAUCUGCUUCCGUACUCUCAAGCUCACCACUCCAAGCUUUGGUGAUUUGAAUCAUUUGAUCUCUGCAACAAUGUCCGGUGUGACUUGCUGUUUGAGAUUCCCUGGACAACUCAACUCAGAUCUCAGAAAGCUCGCUGUUAAUCUCAUUCCCUUCCCUCGUCUCCACUUUUUCAUGGUGGGUUUUGCUCCUCUUACAUCUCGUGGUUCUCAGCAGUACAGAGCACUAACUGUGCCCGAGCUUACUCAACAAAUGUGGGAUGCCAAGAACAUGAUGUGUGCCGCCGACCCACGACACGGUCGCUACUUAACCGCCUCUGCUAUGUUCAGAGGCAAGAUGAGCACAAAGGAGGUCGAUGAGCAAAUGCUCAACGUACAGAACAAAAACUCCUCUUACUUCGUGGAGUGGAUUCCAAACAAUGUCAAAUCCACUGUUUGUGAUAUCCCUCCCACCGGUUUGAAAAUGGCUUCGACUUUCAUCGGAAAUUCCACAUCGAUUCAGGAAAUGUUCCGACGUGUGAGCGAACAGUUCACUGCCAUGUUUAGGAGGAAAGCUUUCUUGCAUUGGUACACCGGUGAAGGUAUGGACGAGAUGGAGUUCACCGAGGCCGAAAGUAACAUGAACGAUCUGGUUUCGGAAUACCAGCAGUACCAAGAUGCCACAGCUGAUGAGGAAUAUUACGAGGAAGAAGAAGAAGAGGAACCUGAAGAUGUGUAAGAUGAAGAAGAUAGUAUGGGGUUCCUUCCAAGUUUGUUGUAGGGAUGUAAUAUGUUGCAAGUUUUGCAACUUUCUGUUGCCAGUCAUGAAUGUUNUUAU